CGGUCUCCCCGGCAGCGGCGGCUCUCGGGGCUCUCGGGGCUCCCUGGCUGGGCUGGGCUCGGGCUGCGCGGCCAUGGACAUCAAGAGGCGGGUUACGCUGGAGCUGCGGAACAGGAAGCCGGGGGAGGUGAAGGAUCUAGUCUUGGAUAACUGCUUCUCAGAUGAUGGCAAGAUUGGGGGCCUGUCUUCAGAAUUUGAAAACCUUGAGUUUCUCAGCAUGGUCGACAUCAACCUCGUGUCAUUGGCCAACCUACCCAAGCUUCCCCGACUUCGAAAGUUGGAACUCAGUGAUAACCACCUCUCUGGAGGCCUGGAGGUCCUGGCCGAACGAACACCCAGCCUGGUCCAGUUAAACCUGAGUGGGAACAAAAUCAAGGACAUCAAUACGCUGGAGCCCCUGAAGAAGCUGCCGAACCUCAAGAGCCUAGACCUUUUCAAAUGUGAUGUGACCAUGCUGAUGAGCUACCGGGAGAGUGUGUUUGCCCUCUUGCCCCAGCUUACCUACCUCGAUGGCUACGAUGCUGAUGACAAGGAGGCUCCGGACUCUGACCCUGAGGCUGAGAGGGAGGGCCUGGACAGUGUUUGUGGGGAGAAUGGGGAAGGUGAUGAAGAGGAGGAGGAAGAGGAAGAGGAGGAGCUUGAUGAGGAUGUAAUUGAUGACGAUGAGGAUGAGGAUGAUGAAGAUGUUGAUGGAGAAGAAGAUGAGGAAGAGGAGGAGGAGGAGGAGGAGGAAGAUGGGGUGGAGGAUGAGAUCUGGGGUUUGGUCAAAGACUGUUCCAAAUCCAGGCUCAUUCCACUGGAUCCCACUGCAGUCCAGAGGGAUUCCUGGGCAGGGGGGGAGGGCUGA